UGCAACGUUACGCCAGUGCAGGUGUGAAGAGAAAGAGCCGUGUGUGUGAAAGUCAAGGUUUAAACCGUGAAUUUAUUACUCAUUAUUGCUAAGAGGGAAAUUUUUCUUAUAAAUUAGUACAGUAUGCUGAGGACGGUGGUGUGUCGGGCCGGAAGUGGGCUUUUAAAGCAACCAUGCCGGACCGCCCCGGUGUUGUGGGGGACUCGAGCUCAUCAGCAGCGCUGGGCCUCCAGCCUUCCCAUGAACACGGUGAUCCUGUUUGUGCCGCAGCAGGAAGCCUGGGUGGUGGAGAGGAUGGGCCGCUUCCACAGAAUCCUCGAACCGGGGCUGAAUUUAUUAAUCCCGAUUCUGGACAGAAUUCGCUACGUGCAGAGUCUUAAAGAGAUCGUGAUCGACGUACCCGAGCAGUCUGCUGUAUCUCUGGACAACGUGACGCUACAGAUCGAUGGAGUUCUGUACCUGAGGAUACUCGACCCCUUUAAGGCCAGUUACGGAGUCGAGGACCCCGAGUAUGCAGUGACACAGCUGGCUCAGACCACCAUGAGAUCGGAGUUAGGAAAACUUACUCUGGAUAAAGUUUUCAGGGAGAGAGAGUCACUGAACGCCAACAUCGUUCACUCCAUCAACCAGGCGUCGGACGACUGGGGGAUUCGCUGCCUCCGCUACGAGAUCAAGGACAUUCACGUUCCACCGCGCGUCAAAGAGUCCAUGCAGAUGCAGGUGGAAGCGGAGCGGAAGAAGAGAGCGACUGUGCUGGAAUCCGAGGGGACGAGAGAGUCGGCCAUCAACGUGGCAGAGGGACGCAAGCGAGCGCAGAUUCUGGCUUCUGAGGGAGAGAAAGCGGAGCAGAUCAACAUAGCUGCAGGAGAGGCUAAUGCUUUGUUGGCUAAAGCAGAAGCUAAAGCGCAGGCCAUUAGGAUUCUCUCUGAUGCACUGAGUCAGCAGAACGGAAACGCAGCGGCGUCUUUCAGCGUUGCCGAGCAGUACGUCUCCGCUUUCUCUAACCUCGCAAAACAGUCGAACACGGUCAUCCUGCCGUCCAACACGGGAGACGUGUCCAGUAUGGUCACACAGGCCAUGGCUAUUUACGGGACUUUAUCUAAGACACAAAGCCCGGCCUCAUUGGAGGUGAAGCCCAUACCUGAAGAUGACGACUUCGAGUUUAAACCAUUGCCUGAAAUCUCGAGCCCAGAGUCGACUUCCAGUCAAUAGGAUCAACCUGUGUGUUGUCUUUCUGUUCCCAUGUUUGUACAUUUUUAUGUCGGAAGAUCAAAUAUUUCAAAACAUUUGCUGUUCUGUUCAGUUCAAGAAAACCUACAGCUACAUAUAAAUAAAGAAUAUUUUCCCCCCGA